CUCUAUUACCCUCUAGGAAGUACACGUAGGUACGUAGGUAGUCGCAUCAUAUGGCGUACAUAUUAGGUACAGCUUCCUGAUGACGUUGGGCAAAUCGUUCGUCUCACCCAGCGCAGAAGCACCCACCACGGUACUUGGUCAGAACAUUGGGUAGAACAUUAAGUGGCCACUAGACGGUGCAGCCAUAGGCGCCCUACAGGUGAGCGUUGGGCCCAUCCACGUUGGCUAGGGAUACACAGUAAGUACCUGCCCAAGUACCUGCCUCUGUAGAUACUGUACCAAGGAUAGGACUCGCAGAAGGAAGUUAUUACCCCCCCGCACCCCUCUCUUCCCUCACCUACAUUUUCAUGGCCAUCCCAUUACUCGUACCUGGCCUAACACAAACUCAAUCGACGACGUUCCAGUAGUACUGUUUAUUUUGUUACCUGGCUGUUUUGUCCGAGUCAAGUCCAUAUUCUGGCCGUAUUCUGGCACUCCCUUAGCAGCUGAAGCACUAGACCGAACGGUUCCGUCGUCAUGUCGGCUUAUGACCAAUAUGACGCCCCUCCGCGGGACCAUCAUCACCACCACCAAUCUCGUCGCUACUAUGACGAUCGCCGCGAACGCGAGAGGGCAGAGCCGCGCGUCGUCGAAACACAGGAAACCUACUACAGGGUGAACCCAAAUUCUCGCAACGCUCUGGUCCCUCGCGAGAACAGCGAUCUGUCAGUCGAGGAGGUGAGGCGCGACUUCCCGCCCCCUGGCUAUUCUAGAGAUAUCCGCCGCGCAAGGUCGGCCGAGCCUGCCCAUGACGACUAUUAUCAUGACCCGCGUCGCUCUUAUGACAAGGUCUCGAGCCGUGGCAAGAAACCCGGCAGCAUUUACUAUGAGGAGGAGGAAAGGACGCGCAAGCGCGUUCUGAGCAAGCAGGAAAAGAUCAUUGCCGCCGUCGCCGGCGGUCUCAUCGCCGCUGGUGCCAAGGAAGUCUGGGACCGCCGCGAAGCGAAACAGGAGGGCACCGAUAUUCAUCGCAAUAUCGCGGCCUCGGCUGCUCUUGGCGCUGCCGGUGCCCUUGCUGGUUACCAAGGUGCCGAUUUCUAUAACAAGCAUCAGAACAAGGAGGAUAAAAAGUCGACCUAUAUGAUUCACAAAGGCCGUGAUGGUCGUAUGGUUGAAUACUACUCUGACGAAGACGAAGACCCUCGAUCCCACAAGGGCAAUAAAUCUUUCCUCGAAAGUGCACUCUCCGCCGCGGGACUUGGUGGUGCCAUUAAGGCACUCACCGGCGGCGACAAUGAUAGAGAGAGCCGCCCUGGUUCGAGAAGCCGUCGUGGCUCCCCUGACUCCCAUCGCUCACGAGACAACCCGUCAGCCAGGAUGCAAAAGGCGGCCAAGGCAUCACUGAUUGCUGGUGCUGCUGAAGCAUUCCGUGUUGCUAAGGAGCCCGGUGGCUGGAAGGGUGAGAAGAUGAAGCGUGUCAUCACUGCGGCCGCCGGUGCUGCGACCAUCGACGCCGCCCAUGAUCCGACCAAGGACAGCAAGCGGCACUUGGUUGAAUCCGUCAUCGGUGGUCUAGUGGGCAACAGAAUGCUCAAUGGCUCCCGAAAGGAUAUUGAAGAGGACCGUUCUACAGGAAGAAGUCGCAGUCGUUCCCGCGCCCGGUCGGGCAGCAGAGGCCAUGGGCCCGGACUCGCAGCACUAGCGACAGCGGGUUUAGGCGCGCUCGGCGCAAAGAAACUAGUAGAUCGUAGUCGAUCUCGUUCUCGCGCUCGCAGCGAUGAUUCUUAUGAUACCCGGGAUGAUUCUCGAAGGAGGCGCAGCCGCAGCCGCAGCAUUGUCGAUGGCGCACGACGCAGCCUUGCCAAGAUCGGACUGGGCAAUGGACCAGAUGACCGACGCGACGAUCGCUCCUACGACAGCCACUCACCUCGAGGGGGUCGUCGCGAUCGGUACUACGACGACGACGAAGAUUAUUACAUGAGGGGAGGAAGGGGUCCAGAAGAUGACUACUACGAUGAACGCUCACGUGGGGGGCGCAGUCGGAGCCGGUCUCAUUCACGAGGUAGGUCAAGUUCACUUUCAAGCAGCGAUCUGGGAGAUUCGGACACCGAUAGAAAAACAACGAGCAAGAUGCGGAGGAAACAAAUCCUUACAGCCGGCCUAGCCAGUGUCGCCACCAUUCACGCUGCCCAUAGCGUAUACCAAAGUGUGCAGGCAAGAAAUGCGAGACACAAGGCAGUGCAGCAAGGCAAGCUGAGCCCGCAAGAGGCCAAGAAGCUUAAGUCGAAGGCCAUAAUGCAAGACGCGGCCUCAGUCGGCAUUGCAGCAUUGGGUAUCAAGGGCGCCCUUUCCGAGGUCAAAGAAGCCCGAGAACAGUCGAAGUCGAUAACCGAGUGGAAGGAAGAGAGAGAGAGGCGUCAUCAAAAGCGUAUCGAAAGGCUCAAGCGGGCGAAUGAUGACCACUACGGUAGAUCUCGGGCUAAUGGCUGGGCUACCUCUGCUACUCCGCAAGAACAUCGCUAUACUGAUGCGCCGCGCUAUGUAGAUGCAAAUCCCUACUCCGCUACUUUGCCAGCACCGCCCGUUGGCUACAAUGGGCGGUGAGGCUGAGCUCGUUUCAAUACUCAACUCUCCGUUAAACCGUAGAUAGCAUCUACAUCUUGUGCCAGAUUCUCAUUCACACCACUGCUAUAAGCUCAAUUCUCCAUACACACUGUACACAUAUACCUUGUGCGGCUUGUUGCAAAUAUACGACUUAUGAUAACGACACAUUUUGCUUUUCUAAUACGAGGAAUCUAUUACAUGGAAAACAGUCUGGGU